UCCUCACCCCCCACACCUCAUCCACUCGACCCAGACCUCAAUCAUAGGGAGAGAAGCUCUGCUAAAACUCCAUUUUUCAUCCACCAUUUUCGCACAAAGCAAGGGGAGGAAGAAGGAAGGGAAUAGAGAAGAGAAAAGUUGGUUUUGGAGAGGAAAACUUGUGUUUAGCAAGGAACUUCCACGGAGUUGAAAAGGUCGCCGGAGUUGUCGCCGGAGUUCGUUGAAGUUCGCCGGAGUUUCGUCGGAGCUAAAUCGGGAAGGCUAGAACUUCAUAAGCUUCAUUAAGGUUGAGGCUAGAGUCCUACUACCUGCACCUUUGCCUAGGGUGACUGAUCGAGAAGGAAGACGUGAAAUGGAGGGUGGACGCAGGAUAACUAGGAGGAACCCGACAGGGCAUGUGCCGGGGGCCACCGGGCAUGCCACUCGGGCAGAAUCACGGACCUCUAGGGGUAGAGGCCGGGGCCAAAGCCGAGGAGGAGGCCGAGGCAGGGGUCGUGGGCGUUCUACCACGCCGACGACAAGUAGCACACGCGUCGGUUCCGUGCACCCGUCAUGGGCCACCGAACCGGACGACUUCACCUAUGCUCCAAGCACGGAGCAAGAGGAGACCCCGUACAACAGGGAUGACUUUGAGGAAGAAGAUGAGGAUGAUGAUCCACAUUAUGACCGUAUGAGUGAGGUACUAGAGUGGUACCUCGAGAAUAAAGCAAAGAGAGAGCAGCGGCGCCAAGCUAGGCAGGCUAGGCAAACCAUGGGGCAGGGAAGCCGAGGUGCUUCUAGUGCUCCAUCCGGAGCAUUUGCGGGAGACACGAUGGUGCGUAUCUCCAAGUAUCUCAAGGAGGCCAGGGCCUUGGGGUGCAAAUCAUUUGAUGGCAAGGGCGACAUAUCCGAGGCCGCCGACUGGAUUAAGAAGCUGAAUGAUGCUUCUAGGGAUAUGCAAAUUGGACUCGACGUGAAGUUGAGGGUUGCCACCAGGCUACUGGAAGGGGUAGCUGCUGUAUGGUGGGAAGGCGUGGAAGGAAAGUUUCACGGUGAGGCCACUUGGGAGAAGUUCGAAGUGGAAUUCUAUAAUCAGUACUACUCAACUUUUGAAGUCAAUCUCAAAAGAAGGGAGUACACAAACCUGAAACAGGAGGAUGGUUGCUCGGUGAGGCAAUUGGAACAAAGGUUCCGUGACUUGGCCCGAUUCAUCCCAGAAUACUCUCUGGAUGAAAAUCGAAUGGCCAAUCAUUUUUGGGAUGCUCUACAGUUGGACAUCCGUGACCGGGCUACUUACCAUCACAACAUGACAUUUAGCCAGAUUGUCGAUCAGGGGCUCCUUGGGGAAGCCCAAUGGAACGAGAGGAAGUUGAGGGACGUCGCGGAGGCGAAGAAGAGAAGAUGGGGAAACUCGGGACCCCAAGACCACACCCGGAAGCAUCACGCUGGGGGUGGCAAUUCAUUCAGGGCGCCGGCGCCACCGGCGAAAAGGAACAAAGGUUCAGGAGGGCAAGGGCCCAAACCGGGGGGUGUGGGACCACCCAGGUGCGCAAACUGCGGUAAGAACCACGGGGGAAGGUGCAAUGAACCACCCCGGUGCUUCAAAUGCGGUAGCACGAGCCACCUCAAAUCCUCUUGUCCAAUGCUGAACGGGGGAGGACCAUCGGGAGCCAUGGGAGGACCUACGACUAGUAGGGGACGUGCGGGGCCGUCUCAGGCCGGCACGGGAAGGAGCGGACCCACGGCUAGCAACGCCGCGUCCGUUAACCAAGGGAGGAUCCAAGCACGGGUGUAUGCAAUGACCGAGGCUGAUGCUCGGGCCAACCCGGACUCCAUUGCAGGUUGAGGCUAGAGUCCUACUACCUGCACCUUUGCCUAGGGUGACUGAUCGAGAAGGAAGACGUGGUUCGUGCUUCCAUUCUUAUUUCAAAUGUAUAAACCGCUCAUGGAUUUUUGAACAAUAUUUUCAUUAAAACAGUUGGGGGCCUGCGUGCCCGUGUUUGCCACGUGUGGCUAAGUAUCAAACAUUUUAUUAUUUUCCGCAUUUGAUUGAUUAGGAUAUUGAUGUUGAUUGUAUGUGUUUACUAAUCGGUUUGGCAAUAGAAUAAAUCGGACGCCUUGUACAACUCAAUAGGGAUGAACUGUUGUUGUUCUUAUCGGGUUGUACGGCGGUUGUCUACGUGGCUCGGAUGCGGUCUGGGGCGUGACAACAACGGCCGGUGCUAUUUGCAGAAAGAAAAUGAGAAAUAAGCUUUCACACCAAGAUUCAAAUCAGUGGCCGCCCAAAUUCAAUGAUUUUUAUCUUCAUUCGGAGAUAUAUUCUGAUCCAUACCCUUCUUGUGCUACUAUAUAAAGGAGUCAUCCAGGAGCUUAAAAAAAACCAAGUUCGGAUAGAAAUCAUUCUUCAAUUCUCUUUUCUUUAGUUUAUACGAAGUAUUAGUAGCUAUAUAAUAAAAGUGAUUCUGCCAAGAACACUUUCUAUAUAGAUUUCAGUUUAUAAUUCUCAGUUCCAGAAUUUUAGCUUGUGAUAUUUGGUAUUGAAGUUCAUUUGGGUUUAUCAAUUCGUUCAAUCAGUUCCAGCUUAAUACAAGGAUUUCAACUUUUCUAUUC